AAAAUUGAGGUUAAGAGAGGGUCAGGGGAACAUUAUAGGAACUUUAGGGGAACAUUCUACAAACUUAAAAACAAUGUUCUAUUUCUGUAAAGAAACUUUUCCUGGCUAACAAAAAACUAACCUUAAAAUGUCUGUUCUGGGAACCAAAAAUUAUUAGCAGGGUGGGUGGAAAUAUUGAAAUGGUAAUGACAUAUGAUUUGAUGUCUCUUGGGGUCACUUUGAGCUGGGAAACUGUUUGUAAAAUCUGUUUAAUUUGGAAGAUACAGUGACACAUAUCAACAUUUCUACCGGAGACGUGAGAACUGCACAAUUUCAAAACGGAAAUAUCAAUAGCCCUGAGUUUAUGUAGCAUAUUGCCUGGGGAAGAAACAGUCUGUUUUGCUGCUCAAAUCCUCACUUUUAAUGUGUGUUAUAUUGUUUAAUUUAGUUUUAUUUUCCCUUUGCUAACCGGUUCAUGAGCGCUAAUACAAUGCUCCAGUAGGUGUCGCUGUGAGCGUCUAGAUGUAGUGUUCCGCCACACAUUCACAGAAAUAGAAGAAGACGGGCGGCAGUUUUGCUGAUUGAUGAUCUGAGCUCUCCGACUCUACUAAUCAUCUUUACAUUCAAAUAUUUCUGACAGGGUUUUACCUCCACAGUUCCAUCUGAUCCGUUGUGGGUGUAUUUGAGGAGGUUAACUGCGUUCUGCUGUAAAGAUCAAGAUUUGAGGGGUGUACUGUCUCCUCCUGUUGUCCUCUUUCCUACACAUCAUAACUUAACCUCCACAAGAAUAUCAAGCAUUUCAACUAUGAUGAAGUCAGAAGAGAUUAAAUGUGAGGAUCUGGAACCCAUGGAGAGCUGCAGUAGUGAUCAAAUCUCUGAUACUUUCCACUCCAAGAUCUCUCACAGACGAGUGCGGGAAAAAAAUCACCACUGCUCAGUGUGUGGAAAGAGUUUCGAUCGGAAAACUUAUCUCAGACAGCAUCAGAGGACUCACACAGGAGAGAAGCCGUAUCAGUGCUCACAAUGUGGGAAGAGUUUCAGGCAAAAGAGUCAUGUCAAACCUCACGAGCGCAUUCACACAGGAGAGAAGCCAUAUCAGUGCUUAGAGUGUGGGAAGACGUUUACCUGGCAGAUAGCCCUCCAACGACACCAGCACAUUCACGCAGGAGAGAAACCGUAUCAAUGUUCACAUUGUGAGAAGAGAUUUAGUGAGACACGUCUUCUCAUAAAUCACCUCCGAGUUCAUACAGGAGAUAAACCGUAUCAGUGCUCAGAGUGUGGUAUGAGUUUUACACAAAAGAGCAAUCUCCAAAAACACCAACGCAUUCACACUGGAGAGAAACCGUAUCACUGCCUAGAGUGUGGGAAGAGUUUUACACAAAAGUCUAGUUUCCAAAUACACCAACGCAUUCACACUGGAGAGAAACCGUAUUACUGUCUAGAGUGUGGGAAGAGUUUUAGUCGAGAGGACACUCUCCACGUACACCAACGUGUUCACACUGGAGAGAAACCGUAUUACUGCUCACAGUGUGAAAAAAAUUUUACUACCCUGAGUCACCUCCGACAACAUCAACGCAUUCACACUGGAGAGAAACCGUAUUACUGCCUAGUGUGUGGGAAGACUUUUAGUCGAGAGGACACUCUCCAAAUACACCAACGCAUUCACACUGGAGAGAAACCGUAUUACUGCUCACUGUGUGGAAAGAAUUUUACUAGCGUGAGUCAUCUCCGAAAACACCAACGCAUUCACACUGGAGAGAAAUCAUACCAGUGCUCACAGUGUGGAAAGUAUUUCGGUCAAAAGUGCCAUCUUAACCAACACCAGCGCAUUCACACUGGAGAGAAGCCGUAUCAAUGUUCACAGUGUGGGAAGAGUUUUGCAGAGAGAGGUAAUCUCAUAAAACACCAGCGCAUUCACACAGGAGAGAAGCCGUAUCGCUGCCCUCAGUGUGGGAAGAGUUUUGCAGAGAGAGGUAAUCUCAUAAAACACCAGCGCAUUCACACAGGAGAUAAACCGUUUCACUGCUCGGAGUGCGAGAAGAGUUUUAAUCGAGAGGACGCUCUCCAAGAACACAAACACGUUCACACCGGGGAGAAACCCUUUUACUGUUCAGCAUGUGGAAAGAGUUUUACCAGGUAUACCAGUGUCCAGCGACACCAGCGCAUUCACACAGGAGAGAAGCCGUAUCACUGCUCACAGUGUGGGAAGAGGUUCAGUGAGAGACGUAAUCUCAUACAACACCUUCAGCUUCACACAGGAGAGAAGCCGUAUCAGUGCUCACAGUGUGGGAAGUGCUUUACACAAAAGUGUAAUCUUCAGCAACACCUGCGCAUUCACACAGGAGAUAAACCUUAUCAGUGCUCACGCUGUGGGAAGAGUUUUACACAAAGAAGUCAUCUUCAACAACACCAGCGCGUUCACACAGGAGAUGAACUGUUCCACUGCUUAGAGUGUGGGAAGAGUUUUACACAAGGAACUGAUCUCUACAUACGCCAACACAUUCACACGGGAGAGAAUCCGUAUUACUGCACACAGUGUACUACUUAUAGUAGUCUCCAUCAACACCAGCACAUGUGCACAACUGUGAAUGAGGACAUGCUGCAGUAAUCAUGAGAAUGUGUGGGAAUUCCAUCCAUUUUCCAUACCGCUUAUCCUACACUGUCCUACUGCAUUUCAUUGCCUCUGUGCUUCUACUCUGACCAUGACGAUAAAGUUGAACCUAAUCUAACCUGCACAGGGUCACGGGGAGGCUGAAGCCUAUCCUGGGAAUCUGGAAAUGCCAAAUCAGCCUGAAGUGCAUGUCUUUGGACUGGGGAGGAAACCAGAGUACACAGAGGAAACCCCUGAAGCACAGGGAGAACAUGAACUCCCUACGUACACAGGGUGAAGGUGGGAUUCGAGACCCCAACCCCGGAGGUGUGAGGCAAACAUGCUAACCCACUAAGCCACCUUGCCCCACCAUGGGUAGGAAUUAUAUAUCUAAAUUAAUAUUGGGACAAAUAUGUUCUAGAACCACUUUAUAAACUCCAUUGGAGAUUCUACUUCUGUAUAUUCCUUUCUGUUUGCUAGAGGAGUUGGUGGGAAUUUCAUCAGCCAGGAGCAUUCCAUGUUUUAGUAUUUUAUUAUUGUGUGCCCAAUAUCAUCCUUAUAUCAAUAUAAUAUAAUAUAAUAUAAUAUAAUACAAUACAUUGUGUAUGUAUAUAGAUAAAUAAAUAGACUUUUUGCCAUUUUAAUUGACUGAACAGUCAAAUACAAUAAUAAUUGUAUUAUGCCAAUAAGGUUGAUGAAAUUAAUCAAUUGUAAUAUUUUUUUAAAUAGGAAAAAUAAUAGGAUGUCUGGGGUUUUACCCAAAUGUAUGAUAAAACUAAAUAAUUGUAUUGGUGGAUCAUUUCCCCAUUAGUAAAGGACAUAAAAACACUUUUUUUUAAAACCUAAGAGACAAGUUAAAAUACUGUGCUUACAUUUCCAUACCGUGGGGAGCACAUGCCUUCACUUCAUGGUCUUUCACCAAUGCUGGAUAUUUCAGUCCUCUCAGUUUGAGAUUGAUUAGGUAAUAACACUCUACUUUCUCACCUAUUUCCCCAGCUCUGACUGUCCAGCACUCUCAUCCAGCAAUGUAUUGGCCCCUUCUUCCAUACAUUACUUUGCUAUCUCUGCAGCAGUGAAUGGCUAAAUUUCAUUUGAUGGGAAGUAGUUAUGUUUUGUUUUGCACGUCACAUUAGCACUUUUGACCAAUGCAUGGACCUGAACCUGAAGAAGGGUGGAUAAACACAUACUUCUCUGUACAUUUGUCAUUAAACUUUGUGUAUCGUUGAGA